CCAGUCCAACUGACACACCCAUCACUCCCCCAAACUCUGCCGCCAAAUCACUCUCCACACCCCCACCACCGCCUCAACCGCCUCAACCCAAUUCCAGUGCCAACAAACAACCCUACCUCCUCAUCCCUCAAUUAAAAUCAACCCUUCUACUUCAUUGCAGCAUAUCAUCAAACACCUAACCACGCAAACAAUGGCGUCUUCUCUCUCAAGAAGAUUCUCACUCGGCAGCCCGCCGCAACCAGCCGCCACGUCGUCGUCCCCGGAUCUGAAGCAGCGAGUCAUAACCUGCCUUAACAAGCUCGCGGACCGCGACACUCUGGCCAUGGCCACCGCCGAGCUCGACGCCAUUGCCAGAAACCUCUCCCACGACUCCUUCGCUACCUUCCUCAUCUGCAUUCACAACACCGACUCUUCCUCCAAGCCACCCGUCCGCAAGCAGUGCGUUUCUCUCCUCGCUCUACUGUCCAACUCCCACGGCGACGUUCUGGCUCCCUUUUUGUCCAAGAUGAUCUCCACUAUCCAGCGCCGACUCCGCGACCCCGACUCUGCCGUCCGAUCCGCUUGCGUCGACGCCGUCGCCGCGAUGUCGUCCCAGAUCACGACGCCGUCGUUUUCUUCCGCGUUUUUAAAGCCGUUGAUGGACACGCUGGCGAUGGAGCAGGACUCUAAUUCUCAGAUCGGCUCCGCGCUGUGCCUGGCCGCCGCGAUCGACGCCGCGCCCGACCCUGACCCGGCCGCGGCUGAGGCGCUUGGGAAGGUGGCCUCGGUGGAGAGAGAUUUGACGGCGAUAUAUAAAGCUUCGUGUUUGAAUGUCCUGGAAAGUCGGAGAUUUGAUAAGGUGAAGGUAGUCCGGGAGACUAUGAACCAUACGUUGGAGUUGUGGAAGGUUCUUAUUGCAGGAGAUUCCGAGGAGAUUUCUGGUCCAAUUCAAUCCAGAUCUUCAACUGAUAAUGGGUUUGGUGGAUGCUUUCCUCCCAUAUCCAAAAGUUCCGACGAUUCCAGUUUUAGGACCCCUCAACCAAAGAAAACAGUCCCCACCACAAACAGGUCCCCUCCAUCCGAUGGUUCUUUGGUGACCACAGCCAAAAAAGGAAAUGAGAGAAAAUCAGAAACAUCCUUGUUCUCUAAGCAGGACCACAAGAAACCCUCUGAUUGGAAAAUUGAAAUCGCAAUGCCAAACUCUCCCUCUUCAAAGCUGGUCCAUAAGGAUGGUAUUCUAAGGAGUGACUCUGGAGAUCCGGAAGCAGGAAAGAAUGAGCACAUUGGAAAUAACAUGCCAGAAACUAAACGUGUUCUCUUCAGUAAGAUCCAUGAUGAAAAAGUACACAAAUUUGGUGGUUUAAAAUCUGGGUCUCGUGUGGUUCCAUUUAAUGAGGAUGAGAACUUUGACUCAGAUGUUGUAGUCAGCAAUGCUGCAGAAGAAGUUUAUGAGAGCCAAAAGGAUGCUGAAGAUCUCAACUUGAUCCGCGAACAACUUAUUCAGAUUGAAAACCAGCAGUCCAGUCUAUUAAACCUUCUCCAGAGAUUUAUUGGGAGCUCUCAGAGUGGGUUGAACUCUCUUGAGACACGUGUACAUGGCCUUGAGAUGGCACUGGAUGAAAUAUCAUAUGAUUUGGCAAUAACAAGUGGAAGGAUUCCAAACACUGAAUCUGCAGAAAACACAUGCUGCAAGCUUCCCGGUGCAGAAUUCUUGAGUUCCAAGUUCUGGCGUAGAACUGAUGGGCGAUGUUCUACUGCAAGGCUCUCUUCUGGAACCAUCCCCUCACUCAAUGCUAUUCCUAACAUACCUAAUAGAGAUAACAGUGCUGAAUCAUGUGCGUUUGACAGUGAAAGAUUUCAGCACCAAAGUAGGGGUGCGUUUACCGUUAACUCAGUGGCAGAAAUUCAUGAUGCCCAAAGGUUGAAUACAAGGCACUAUCCAGACAAAACACCAAAGACCAUAGUCCGAGAUGCUGAGAGGGUUCAAGCUUGCAAUGCCAGUCGGCUUGGGAUUUCACCAGUUACGUCUAUAGCAUCAAGGAACCCGAGUAGAAGAUCAUCCGCCUAAGAUAGAAGAAUCAUAGAAUUGUUUGAAGUGGAAAAUGUUUGAUGAUUGAUGGAUCUAUUUCUUAGUAGAGAGAGACAAGCAUCAUGGGGCAUGGAAAGACCUGAAGACAUUAAAUUGAAUGCCGAUCAAGUGUUCAUAUAUGUAGGUGGGCAUAAUUUAUGAAAUUUCUAAUUCAAUGUGGCAUAUUGAUGCACAGGAGGAUAGUGGGAGCAAAGGGGGGCUCCAUUUAUAAUUACACGUGCCCUCGUCGUCGUUGUCGUCGUCCUUUUCCUCCUAAAAGCAGCUUUCAGAUUUAAUUGCAAUAGACCAGAGUAGAGUCUUCGUAGCAUGUGUUAUAUUUAUUACUUACCUGCACCAAUUGCCGGUAAAGGGAGGGAAACUAAAUCUGUACAAACUCAUCUGUUCUUGGAUUGUUGUUACUCUACUUGCUGUAUAUAUAUGAUGAGAUCAGUAAAUGAGUUUUCUUAUUUCUG